GCAAAAGCGCAAAGUCGAAUUUAAAAAAAAUCUAGUAAUAAAGGAGCUCAAGCCUUUAUCGUCGGCUUUUCUACAGAAAUGUUUGGUGAUCGACUGGGAAUACCUAGAUGAUCGAUCGCGAUCGACCGGUUGGUGACCCCUAAUACAGGUUAUUGAUAUUGAGAGGCGCCCACACAUCAAACAGAACUACGCCCAUGAGGAAAUAACACGCAUGUUUAACAGGUUCUCUAUUAGACUAGUUUAAAAAGUUCGUUUUUAUUUGAUCUCAACCACAUCUAAACAUGAAUUAACAAUGCAAUUAUGAUCUCAUAGCUGUAAACAUUGGGGGUAAAAAAGAAGCUAGAGUGCUGUGAAGUUGCAGAGCAAGCAAAAGGCAGAUGAAAGACAGCUUUGAGCAGUCUUGAGCGAUGAAUAAUUAAUGAUAUGCUAAUGAGUUGGUCGAGUAAGCUCAGUCAGGGCUGAGAAAUGAAGUAGAAGUUAGUACGCGGUCAGUCGGCCAGGGGGUCUUUACGCGCUCCUUUAGUUUAUGCUUUGUUUUGUGGACAAUUCAACAUCGCAAUGUCUCCAUUGGUGUCCCCUCGGUUUUUCUCUGAGAUGGAGGUAGCCCGUCAUUGCACAAAAUACUCAUGUUGGGUAUUAUUGGGGACGAAGGUUUAUGAUGUGACGGGAUUCCUUCGAAUGCACCCGGGUGGAGAGGCUCUAAUAUUACACAGGUCAGGGAGUGAUAUCAGCCUGGAGAUGGAGGGACCCCCGCACCGCCAUUCCGAGAACGCACGGCGGUGGAUGGAACAGUACUACAUCGGAGAGCUGGACACAGACAGUAACGCCGAUGAAACACAGACAGUGAGGGAGAGGAGGAAGGAGCACACCGUGGACGAGGAGCCUUCACCCCUCAGCAAAUGCAGUCAAGUCGACCUGGAUACGGACCUGGUGGACUGGCGGAAGCCCCUGGCCUGGCAGGUGGGCCACCUUGGAGAGAAAUAUGACACCUGGGUGCACCAGCCUGUGGACCGGCCCAUUCGCCUGUUCGGGAACGAGUUUCUAGAGGCCAGCACUAAAACGUCCUGGUACAUGGUCCCUGCUGUGUGGAUGCCACUGGUGUUCUAUCUCAGCUGGUACUGCUACACCACCUUGGCACUGGAGACAACCAGACUGUUCGCCAGCACAGACUACUCCGUCUUGGUGCACAAGUACAGCUUUCCCCUCAUCUUUGUGAUGGGCAUGGUCAUAUGGACCUUCAUCGAAUAUUGCAUCCAUCGCUUCGUCUUUCACAUGCGCCCGCCCGCCCACAACUAUUACCUCAUCACAAUUCACUUCCUGCUGCACGGACAGCAUCAUAAGUCACCCUAUGAUGGCUCCCGCCUGGUCUUUCCUCCUGGCCUGGCCUCAGUGGUAGUAGGCAGCCUCUACCUGCUGCUAACCAAGUCCUUCCCCGAGACCCUGGGGGUGUCCCUGUUUGUGGGGGGGCUGUUUGGGUACGUGGUGUACGACAUGAUCCACUACUACCUUCACUACGGCUCCCCUCAGAGAAACACCUACCUGUACAGCCUCAAGGCAUACCACGUCAAGCACCACUUUGAGCACCAAAGAGCAGGGUUUGGAAUCAGCACCACAUUGUGGGACCAUCCGUUCAACACGGUGAUCCCCGAACAAACCUUUUAGAAGACCCAACUUAAUCUACUCUCCAGAGAGGGGCGACCUUCCCCCAUCCCUCUUACACCUGACAACUUACCCCUUCAAUGACCCUACCCUGUGACUCCAGCAUGUCCCUCUAAACUACCACAAACCAGUCUGUCUGUCUGGCUCACUGCUUCGCUGCUACAGCGCUACUCUCCUCUCCGAACAAAACAAAACACACUUCAUGUUCCACCUGCUAAUCAAAGCAGGAAGGUAUCUUUUCAGAACUGGGGGGGGGGGGGGGGGG